CUCUGCUGAGGCCGGCAGAGAGACUAGCGGAGAGGGCGAGCCAGCUGUCGCUCGCUCAGAGCCGGGUCUUUUUCUCUCCCUGACUCCCGUGUUCUCCACUGGCCUCAUCACUCCAUGGGACUCCAGAUCUGGCCGCCAAGCCAACCACCACUGUCCUCUAUGGCCUGCCUUGAUGUGGAGACCCCUUCCAUCUGCAGGGGUAAAUUCAAAUCAGUCCUCCAGCUGUGUCUGCAGCAGAGGAGAACCCGUGAACAGCUUGUGGAGCAAGGUAUCAUGCCACCUCUGAAAACACCCGCUGCCUUUCAUGAAAAGAUUCGCAGCCUGGAGAGAGCCAGGACUGGGAACUUCUUAAAACACAAACUCUGCAGCCGACCUCAACGUUCUGAACUGGUCCGUAUGCAUAUCCUACAAGAGACGCAGGCAGAGCCGUUAUUGCAAGCCACACAGAUGAAACUGAAGAGGGCCAGACUGGCGGAUGAUCUCAAUGAAAAAAUCGCCCAGCGGCCUGGACCCAUGGAGCUGGUGGAGAAGAACAUCCUACCUGUUGACACAGGUGUUCCAGAGGUCACCAAUGGUGAUAAUACAGACAGCUCUAAGUCACCAGUUGUCCCUGAUGUGUACGACUUCGAUGAAGACAGCAGUGAUGCUUUGUCCCCACAACUUCCUGCCAGUCAGCAAUCUCCCAGCUCCACCUUGGCCUCUCCACGGGAGUCUGGAGGCACUGAAGCCGCUUCUAAUUCCUCAAACUUACACACUCCCAUACAGCGCUCCCCACCACUGAAGUCUCAAUCUGCAUCAGAUUUAGUCAAUCUUGUUUCUUCUGGUGAGCAACAGAGCAAACAACAAGCAGCUGUCACCACUGUUGUCCCCAGUGUUACACCAGGGCCAGUUCUUGCGAAGCAAAGCUUGGUCAAGCUCCCGGCCGAUAAAAGCCGCAGCAAAAAGAGCAAAGAGCCCAAGCCACGUGUGAAAAAGCUGAAGUAUCAUCAGUAUAUUCCGCCGGAUCAGAAGCAAGACCUCAGUGAAGUGCAGAUGGACUCUGCUUAUGCCCGUCUCCUGCAACAGCAGCAGCAGUUCCUGCAGCUCCAGAUCCUAAGUCAGCAACAGCAGCAGUAUAACUACCAGGCCGUCCUACCUGCCACACUCAAACUGACAACUGAGGUACAAACCAGCUGUUCCGGCAUGAGUGGAAAUGCUGCGUCUGCCCUUGUGCAGCUGCAUCACCCUCAGACGAACCGCAAGCCGGAUCACUUACCAGCUAAUCUGGAUGAGAUGAAGGUAGCUGAGCUGAAAAUGGAACUAAAACUCAGAUCCUUGCCUGUUUCUGGGACUAAGACAGAUCUGAUAGAGAGGCUAAAGCUGUAUCAUGAGAACUCUAACAUCCAGACUGCUGCUGCCAUGGAGACAACAGCCUCACAGCCUGAUAAGAUAAAGUUAACGCCGCCUGUGUCUCCUAUCGCUUCCAAGGUGUCCAAUCUGGGAAUAGAUGACAGUAGCAUGACAGACAGUCCACCAAAGCUGCUUUCAGAUACUCCAACUCAUGCUGCUCCCUGCAUUAGCUCCCCACAGAGAGCACAGCAUGACGAGCAUCCCACAGAGACGAAGUCCCAUGAGAGGGACUCUGAAAAGGACAAACGUCUGCAUGAAAAGGAGCGUCAGAUUGAGGAGUUGAUGAGGAAACUGGAGCACGAGCAGAGGCUGGUGGAGGAGCUGAAGAUGCAACUGGAGGUUGAGAAGAGGAGUCAGCAGGGAGAUUCUCCACCUCAGCUCAGUCCUCUGGUUCCCAUCCAGGUGAAAGAGGAAAGCAGAACCCCCACAAACUGCUCAGUGUCCUGUAGCUCUCCUAGCCGGCCAGUGUUGGUCAAACAGGAGGAGUCUGCAGAUCACGUCAACUGUCCAAGUCAGUUCAUCAUCGGUCACCAGACCAUCACACAGCCUGAAACCCUGCAGUCUGUCCAGGCUGGAGGUCAGAUCCUCCUGCCUGCAUCCAUUCCUGCCUCAGCAGUCGCUAUCCAGCUCCCUGCCAAAGGCAUCAAAUUACACACUACUGUUAGCAGCACAGCUCCAGGCCUCAUCCAGACCUCUGGAAAGGUGCCACAGAAAAUAGAGGCCUCAACAGCAUUACAACAGCAAUGCAGCUCUCAAACCCAGCCACUGACAAAGACAUGGAGGAUGGAAACCACAUCACAAGGAUUACUUAACACAUUUCCAGUGAAUGGUUGUGCUGCAGGAGCCUCUUCUUGCCAAGCUGUCCCCAAAGCUCCUACAAACAAGCCUCCCUGUUCCAGCCAGUCCCCUUUGAUCCUGCAGCAGCCAAAAUUCACAAACCAUGUGUCAAAAUGUAAAGACCCGCCCCGCUAUGAGGACGCAGUUAAACAGACACGCAGCAUGUCAACAGCUGUGCAGGGUCCCAGUGCAGCUAGCCAACAGAUGGACGACUUGUUUGAUGUGCUGAUCGAGAGCGGUGAGAUCUCCCCUUUCAUCAGACACGAUCCUCCCAGCCUGGACAAGCCUCUCCCUGUGACAGCCAGUGUAACCACCCUUCCCAUCAACACAGCUCUAUCCCGCCCUCCACCUUUGGUCCAAGUGGCCCAGCAGCCGGCUGCACCUCUCAGCCCCUCGUCGGGUUUGGCUUCGGCCCUGACCUCCGACUCCCAGCUGGAAACCCUCCUGGAUGGCACGCUAGAUGCCGUGCCGCGGAAACUGAAGCUGAUGGAGGAGUUGCAUUCAGCUGUCGUCGCCAUGGAGGUGGACUUCAAUGAAAACACGCCGCCCUCUGCCCUGAACCUGCACAGCACCAACAUGGACAACAUGGACUGGCUGGACCUCACUCUGUCUGUGCCAGCAGAGGGAGUUAACCCUUUGGAUGUGUCAAUGCCAGUGGGUGUCUUCUCCUCUGACUUCCUGGACUCUCAUGAACUGCACUUGAACUGGGACUGAGUGAUGUCAAGGUGAAUUCUUACAUCAAUCGGGCCAUUUCAGAAAAAAAAUAAAUAAUUUUUAAUGCAAGAUUGCCUUUUUUUCCAUGUGACGAUAAGAGCUGAGGAUGUUUGAGCAGCUCUCUUCUGCUUUUUUUGGCUGGAUAUAUCAACUCAGUAACCAUCUAAUCAUGCAGUGGCAGUUUAGAAGUUGCUGAAUUGCUUCCUUUGAGGUCUUUAGACCCUCUGAUUGUAUGGAGAGACCGAUAAAGUGGGACUGGUACUGGCAGUCUGAGAUAAAAGUGGAAGUAGCUUUCAAGAUUUCCAUCUCAACUUGUGCCACUGAUUUCUUAUCAGUCUGUUCUCAUGUUAUUGAUUUCUCUUUGUCCCCUGAUCUCAGUGAAUGUAAAGCUUUGCAAUCGUGUUCGUGGUGUGAGCAGAAAAGUGUCCAAAUCCUGCUUCCAGAACUAAUGGACAAACAGUGCAUGUAGCUGAGGGCUGUUCUGUGGUUUACUCCACCCUGUCUUGGAAUGAUUAUCACUGUCUAAACAGAUUGUAAACAUACAACAGCCACAUUUCGAGUGUGUUUGCGGAUUGGAAAGCAGAAGUCCGAUGUUUAACUGAAUUAGGAGUAUUAGUAGUGCCUGAGAUGAGGCCACCAUUGAGUCAAAGCAGCACUGACGAAACCAGCCUCAGUAUUUAUUACAAAUUAAUUCAGUUGACAUUGUUUCAUCUCUUAAUCAUUUCUGUAACUUCUUGCACUGUGCAGACCAGCCAAAUGUAGAGAAAAACCUCACUUACAGUAAUGGACAAAUAGUCACAUAAUGUGCAGUAUUUAAUGUUGUUCACUGCUUUGAAGUCUAGCAUCACCAGACUGUUGGGGUCGGUUUCAGUUUAACUUUGGUAGUUUAUUCAGCACAUGUACACAUUACAUGAUGUCAGUGCUCAGCAUUAGAAAGUAGCAACAUACAUACAGACACAACCUAGACAGAAGUAAGGAUAUUUAUUGGUAUGAUCUGCCACUGAUUUCUGUUUCAUCAUCAUUUCAUGCUCAGUAGGCUCAAUGCAUUACAGUCAGAUUGUAUUUCAGUGACAUCUGCUGGCCACAUCUGAUCCGAAUCAGCAAACAGUCUUUGGUUUGACUGCUUUUCUUUUUCUAGCAAAAAAAGAGAAAGGAAAAAAAGAACUUUCUAGUGUGAAGGGAAUGAUGCUCAAACCCCACAGCAUGGUGGGUGUGUUUGAGCAUAAAGGUCAAUGCAGAGAUGCUGAUAUUUCUGUUUUUAAUUUUUAGGGAUUCACUGUCUGUCUCUGGAACCAGCUCACCUGAAUGUUGAAGGAACAGUUCUGAAAAUUAAUUGAUUUAUUUUUUUCCUAUCAGUACAUUAGUGCCUCAAAUGACACUUUUUAAAGGGGUUGCGUGCUGGAAUGAGAAAUGUUUUGUCUUUACUAUACUAGUAUAACUCAACACCAAAUUAUUUUUUUUUUAAAAUUGCAUAGUUUGUAUGCCAUAUGUUUUACACAUUGUGUAUUUAUGUUACCUUUUAUACAAAUGUAACAGUCGUUUUUGUAAAUACAGAGACUGUCUGAGA